AUGUGGAUGAUAGCACUGCACAACCCUACAUUAUCAGGCUUGUGCCAACCUCGGUCAACAAGGGAGAGAUUGUUGAGUUGAGAACUUCUAUGGAAGUGGUUAGCUGCAGAUAUGACGUUUUUUUACAUUUUCCCUCUGGGGUGGUUAUGUACAUCUUGCUUUCCACAACUUCACAAAAUCAUAUAUACUUUAGUAGUUAGGCUCAGUAGUUGUGAAAUCAGUGUGGCACAGCAGGGAGCUAGAUUACAGUGCAUUUGGAAGGUAUUCAGACCCCUUGACUUUUUCCACAUUUUGUUACAUUACAGCUUUGUUCUAAAAUUGACAAUUGUUUUUCCCCUCAUCAAUCUACACACAAUACCCCAGGAUGACAAAGUAAAACGUUUUUUAUUUUUGCAAAAGUAUUAAAAAUACAUUUUAAAAAGUAGUCUUAAGUAUUACAUUUACUUAAGUAUUAAGACCCUUCACACAGUACUUUGUUGAAGAACCUUUGGCAGUGGUUACAUGCUCAAAGUCUUCUUGCGUAUGACACCACAAGCUUGGCACACCUGUAUUUGGGGAGUUUCUCCCAUUCUUCUUUGCAGAUCCUCUCAAGCUCUGUCAGGUUGGAUGGGGAGCAUCACUGCACAGGUAUUUUCACUCAGACAUGCAGAGACUUGUACCGAAGCCACUCCUGCGUUGUCUUGGCUGCCUACUUAGGGUCAUUGUCCUGUUGGAAGCUGAACCUUCUCCCCAGUCUGAGUUCCUGAACACUCUGGAGCAGGUUUUCAUCAAAUAUCUCUCUGUACUUUGUUCUGUUCAUCUUUCCCUCAAUCCUGACUAGUCUCCCAUUCCCUGCCGCUGAAAAACAUCCACAUGCAUGAUGCUGCCACCACCAUGCUUCACUGUAGGGAAAGUGCCAGGUUUCUUCCAGAAGUGACACUUGGCAUUCAGGCCAAAGAGUUCAAUCUUGGUUUCAUCAGACCAGAGAGUGUUUCUCAUGGUCUGAGAGUCUUUAGAUUUCUUUUGGCAAAGUCCAAGCGGGCUGUCAUGUGCCUUUUUACUGAGGAGUGGUUUCCGUCUGGCCACUCGCCCAUAAAGGUCUGCUUGAUGAAGUGCUGCAGAGAUGGUUGUCCUUCUGGAAGGUUCUCCCAUCUCCACAGAGGAACUCGGGAGCUCUGUCAGUGACAUUGGGUUUUUGGUCUCCUCCCUGACCAAGGUCCUUCUCCCUCGUUUGGCUGUGCGGCCAGCUCUAGGAAGAGUCUUGGUUCCAAACUUCUUCCAUUUAAGAAUGAUGGAGGCCACUGUGUUCUUCCCCAGAUCUGUGCCUAGAUGCAAUCAUGUCUCAGAGCUCUACGGACAAAUCCUUAGACCUCAUGGCUUAGUUUUUUCUCUGACAUGCACUGUCAACUGUGGGACCUUUAUAUAGACAGGUGUGUGCCUUUCCAAAUCAUGUCCAAUCAAUUGAAUUUACCACAGGUGGACUCCCAAGUUGUAGAAACAUCUCAAGGAUGAUCAAUGGAAACAGGAUGCACCUGAGCUCAAUUUCGAGUCUCAUAGCAAAGGGUUUGAAUACUUGUGUAAAUUAUUUAUUUAUUUUACCAUCAAAAAAUAAAAAACUGUUUUUACUUUUUCAUUAUGGGUUAUUAUAUGUAGAUUUAGGGAGGGGAAAUAAUGUAAUCCAUUUUAGAAAAGGGCUGUAACAUAACAAAAUGUGGAAAAAGUCGAGGGAUCUGAAUACCUUCCCGAAUGCCCUGUACCCCCAAAACAUUACAAAUGUUGAUCCUUCUAUUAUUUAGCAAUACGCAAUUGAACCUACUAAUUGCCAUGUUAUUUGUGACAGCUGACAUCAUAUCCACUGUGGAAUUCAAUCACUCUGGCGAGCUACUAGCCACUGGGGACAAGGGGGGCCGUGUUGUCAUCUUUCAGCAGGAGCUAGAGAGUAAGAACCAGCCACAGUGCCGUGGAGAGUACAAUGUUUACAGCACCUUCCAGAGCCACGAGCCUGAGUUCGACUACCUGAAGAGCCUUGAGAUCGAGGAGAAGAUCAACAAGAUCCGGUGGCUUCCUCAGAAGAACGCUGCACAGUUCCUCUUGUCCACGAAUGAUAAAACUAUAAAGCUGUGGAAAAUCAGUGAACGGGACAAGAGACCAGAGGGGUACAACCUGAAGGAAGAGGAUGGACGUUACAGAGACCCCACCACUGUCACAACACUACGGGUCCCAGUGUUUCAUCCCAUGGAUCUGAUGGUGGAGGCCAGCCCCAGACGAGUGUUUGCUAACGCGCACACCUACCACAUCAACUCCAUCUCGGUCAACAGCGACUGUGAGACCUACCUGUCUGCCGAUGACCUUCGCAUCAACCUCUGGAACCUGGAGAUCACUGACCGCAGCUUUAACAUUGUAGACAUCAAGCCAGCUAACAUGGAGGAGUUGACAGAGGUGAUCACAGCAGCAGAGUUCCAUCCUAACCAGUGCAACACCUUUGUCUACAGCAGCAGCAAGGGCACCAUCCGCCUCUGUGACAUGAGGGCAUCAGCUCUCUGUGACCAGCACUCCAAACUGUUUGAAGAGCCUGAGGAUCCAAGCAACCGCUCAUUCUUCUCUGAGAUCAUCUCCUCCAUCUCUGAUGUCAAGUUCAGCCACAGUGGGCGCUACAUGAUGACGCGGGACUACCUUACCGUCAAAAUCUGGGACCUCAACAUGGAGUCCCGUCCAGUAGAGACUUAUCAGGUUCAUGAAUACCUCAGGAGUAAACUGUGCUCACUCUAUGAGAAUGACUGCAUCUUUGAUAAGUUUGAGUGCUGCUGGAAUGGAAACGACAGUGUUGUGAUGACGGGCUCAUACAACAACUUCUUCCGGAUGUUUGACCGAGGCUACCGGCAGGAUGUGACCCUGGAGGCGUCUCGGGAGAGCUGUAAGCCUCGUUCUGUGCUCAAGCCCCGUAAGGUGUGCACAGGUGGGAAACGCAAGAAGGACGAAAUCAGUGUAGACAGCCUGGACUUUAACAAGAAGAUCCUCCACACGGCCUGGCACCCCCAGGACAACAUCAUUGCCGUGGCCACCACUAACAACCUCUAUAUAUUUCAGGACAGACUGUAACUAUUAUUCAAUAAACCCUUCAUAUCCCAGAUCCCACUUUAGCCCCACUACUCUGGUCACCAACACCUCAUCUGGAGAAGUGCAGCGAAACGCCUCUAUUUUGAUGGCUUUGUUAGUCUUAUUUCCUGUUCAGGGAGCUCCAACAGUACCACACUUCUCCUGCCACAUUGCAACUGAUGUCCACUACAUCCCAAAGGGAACACUUUUCUAACACUCUAGUCUUUUGGUGGGAUAUUGUUUAUUAAGCUAAUUUCCUAUGUUGCUAAUUUCACGGUUUUGGUGCCACAAGCAUUUUUAUAUGAACAAGCAUUUUUUCUUUUGAUAGGGAGUUAUUUCAACUGGGUUCCCACCUCCAACCCUCUAUUUUUGACACAAAUUACAAAAUGCCAUUCUGCAAUGACCAAAUUGGCAAGCUGUCAGCUCUCUAUAUUUGUCCCAGGCUGUUUGCCAAGUUGCCAAGUUUCCUCACCCUCAUCUUUCACAUACAGUACACACUCACUCUUAACAUCGAUGUAGACACAUACAAAGCUCAACUCAGUUGGUGGAUUGAUUUGGGGGUAAUUUCGAGACAACUAUGCCAAAUGCACAGUUGUUAUCCAGUCUGAGACUACAGACAAGGCUUAACAGUCUGGUAAACACAGAUUCCUUCUCCAGAGGUAACCUGCAGUAUGAAGCCAUUGCUUUUCCAAGUAAAUGGUAGUGGGCAGAGGUGCUGCAGGCAGCCUAAUCUCACAUGGAGGGACUGGUCCCUCUUGCUCUUAGUGCCACCAUGUACAGCUCAGCACAGAGGCCCCAGUGCAGUUAUUGUAAGAGAGUCUUCAGGCAGAGGCAUGCCUUGGCCAUAUUGUGCUGACCUGCAUGACUUGUCAGUUUAAAUGUGAGAGGCACUCAUUUGUACCUCUGCUGCUAAGUUCCAUGCAUGUGUCUUGACUUAUGCUUAUGUUUCUUAUAAAUUGUUCCCCUCUGGAUCAAGUUUUUUGUUUGUAUAUUUUUUUAAUGAUAUUUUGUACUUCAGAUAAAUAAUAAUCACUAUAAUUAGUUUAUUUUUGUAUGAACUAAGACCGAAAUAUUGAUAACAUUUAACCCCCUCACACUACUUGGUUUAGUCUGAUCACUGUUGUCUGUUAAACUGUAGGUUUUGGACUGAUCUGUAGACUGAAAGAUUACUUGAACUGGUGAUAUUUAAUGUGACUUAUUGUGUUAAAUUCAAGUGGGCCGCUGGUCUAAAUAUGGAGUGCAUAUUAAUGUACCAUUAAGAAAGGCUUAAUGCAUGUUGAUGUCCAAAGAGCAGUCUUUUCAGGUAUCGGUGCCACUGCGGACUCAUUAGGGUCAUUAUCUGAAUGUUUUUGUAUUUGGGUUACUGUAACUGAUAUUGACUGGAAUAGAUUCGGUUGCUUCAGUUUUAGUUUAUUUGCGCGAAUUGUUUCAACUCUGUGUGUGCCAUGGCUAUGUUUUCUAAACAUUUGCACUGAGUGAAAGAUGAUGAAUAAUAAAUAGGCCAUUGUACAGUGAGAAUGGGCAAGGCAUUAUCUGUUUUCUCUGCUUCAGUUUGACUGAAGAAACACUCUUAACCACAUUCACUCUGAGGAGAAUCAGGUUGAUUGACUAGACAGGUUUUCUGACAUAUUUUAUAAUGAGAUGUUUUCUCUUCGUUUGUGCAUAACAAGUUAUUUAUGCAGGAAACAAAGUAAAACUGUCAAGUGUAUCAUUGGAUGAAAUUACUGGUUAGUGUCAGCUCAGGGCAUUGGAGACAGUAUUUCAAACGUAUGGCAUGUCCAGCAUUUGUACUGUAUUUAGUUGAUGUGGCAUUAUUUGUUAAGGAUGUUUUGGGAGGUUGUGUCUGUAGUACAUUUGUUUAUGUAUACACUUGAUUGACGAGAUAGAUGCCAAUUGUGAGCCAUUGGGUCAUAAUAAGUUAGCAUUAAGCUUAAGAAUUGAGGCUCACUCACUAGUAAUGCUACCAAUAAGCACUAUUGCAGUCUGUCUGCAAUCAAGGUCAUUAGCUCUACUGGUGUUGUCACUUCCUUAGGACUCUGCCCAUGUCAUUGUUGAAUACUUAGAUUGUCUUAUGUUUUGUGGACAGUUUAUAAUGGCUGUCACUUUGUUAGCUGUUGUGAGAAUGUGUCAUGACAUGAGGAACAAGAGUGUAGCCUACUGUACAUGUUUUGUCAUGGUUAAGAUGUUAAAUGCUACAUAGGAGAAGCCACACGUUAUACCCCUGACCCCAUACCACUAUCACACACUUGGCAUCAGAACAUCAAGGCUCAGUUACGGUACAAAUGUAGUUGUCAAAAUUGGCUUUUUUAUUUUUCUUAAAUUUACUGUCAGUUAUUCUAAAGCGUCAAUACAUGGAGACACCUAAAGAAAAUAAAUGAUGACUUUUCCCCCAACACACUCCUGUCUUUACAGCUCUUGUGCAAAGCCACCAAAUGUCAUUCAGAAGGAAUGCCUUUUUCAUAGCAGAGGAAAUAAUGAGAUAAUCAAGUAUGUUUCCUGAAGUGACUGGUGGCUUUUCAGGCAUGAGACUGCUCACGGGAACUUAAAUAUAAUGUAUUCACAGAACUCGCAACAGAAUGCACUUUUAUUUUUGUGAAUUUCAUUGAUUUGUAUGUUUUGUUUUGAGAGGCUCUUGAUAAAGAUUGGGGGACAUUUUGGGUGAUUAAAAAAAUGUCAAUACAGCCGUUUUAAAGGUUUACUGUAUAGGUCUGUUUGCCUUCGUCAAAUGGAAUCAAAUAUAGUUUAGAUUUAAUGAGUAAUAAAGUAUUUCAAAACUGAA